UUUCCACCAUCUAAAGAACAUUUUAAACCUUAUAUCAAUAGCAUAUUAGUGAAGAGUUCCUCAAGCAAAGGUGUGAUUUGAUUUCCUUUUUUUAGACGUUCACACUUCUUUUUUAAAUAUUUUUAUUUAUUAUUGGAUAGAGACAGAGAGAAAUUGAGAAAGGAGGGUGAGCUAGAGAUACCUUCAGCCCUGCUUCACCACUCAUGAAGCUUCCCACCCCUCUGCACGUGGGGAUCAAGAGUUUGAACUGUAACAUGAGUACUUAACCAGUUGUGCCACAGCCUGGCCCCUUGAUCUGAUUUCUCUACAGCAAGGUGUGGUGCAGUGGGUGUGCUAGGGGAAUUUUUGCUCCCCUAAGGGCAGGAAAGAAUGAGCUGAGACCCAGAAUGUUAUGGGCCUGCGAUUCCCUGCUUCCCUAACACUUCUGAGAGAUUCCAAGAUUCCGUUCAUUUGCAACUACAGUAGUGGGGAUUAUUUCAGGUGUGUUUGGAGGACAUGUAAAUUCAUUUUUACUAGUCAUUAACUGUUAAGUUCUCUUCUUCAAGUUUCCCCAAGAUUUAGGAAACUCGUUUAUCUGGUUCUGGGUUUUCUGAUAACUCCUCAAUUUUUUCCCAACCCCACCCAUCUCAUCUCAUCUUCAGUGUAACACCAGUUUUAGAGAUCUGGGAGGCACAGGCAAUAAGUUCACUUGGGAAUUUUGGAGGCCACACAUAUAGGAAGUGAAGGUGCAAAAAAGGGGAGGAGAAAAUGGUUUCUGCUUUAAAACACCGGAACUUCCAGGGCUCCAGUAAAAUGAAGGGGGAAAAAAAAACAAAACAAAACCCUUUAUGCAGCUUUUGCAAACAACCUUAAAGUCAUCAGCGCCCCACUGCGGAAUUUAAAGCUAAGCUUCUCACACCUUCUUUGACCAGUCUUCCUCUAUUUGACAAUUCCCUUCGCCUGUUUCUUGCCGCUGGAAGGCUCUGCUGUCUGUCUCCUGGAGCACCGCGCGCCGCGAGCAGCCCCAUCCGCUUGCAGGAGGCAGCGAGCGGGACCUCGUCGUGCACAAUGCCGGUGCAGCUGACAACAGCCCUGCGUGUGGUGGGCACCAGCCUGUUUGCCCUGGCAGUGCUGGGGGGCAUCCUGGCAGCUUAUGUGACAGGCUACCAAUUUAUCCACACAGAGAAGCACUACCUGUCUUUUGGCCUGUAUGGUGCCAUCCUGGGCCUACACCUGCUCAUCCAGAGCCUGUUUGCCUUCUUGGAGCACCGAAACAUGCGGCGGGCUGGCCGUGCCCUGAAACUGCCCUCCCAAGCAAGGCGCUCAGUGGCGCUCUGCAUAGCUGCCUACCAGGAGGACCCUGACUACUUACGCAAGUGCCUGCGCUCAGUCCAGCGCAUUGCUUUCCCUGACCUUAAGGUGGUCAUGGUGGUGGAUGGCAAUCGGCAGGAAGAUGCCUACAUGCUGGACAUCUUCCAUGAGGUGCUAGGUGGCACUGAGCAUGCUGGCUUCUUUGUGUGGCGCAGUAACUUCCACGAGGCAGGUGAGGGCGAGACAGAGGCCAGCCUGCAGGAGGGCAUGGCCCGAGUUCAAGAAGUGGUGCGGGCCAGCACCUUCUCAUGCAUCAUGCAGAAGUGGGGGGGCAAGCGAGAGGUCAUGUACACAGCCUUUAAGGCCCUUGGCAACUCCGUGGACUAUAUCCAGGUAUGUGACUCAGACACUGUGCUGGAUCCAGCCUGCACUAUAGAGAUGCUCCGAGUUCUGGAGGAGGACCCCCAAGUAGGAGGAGUCGGGGGAGAUGUCCAAAUCCUCAACAAGUACGAUUCAUGGAUCUCCUUCCUGAGCAGUGUUCGGUAUUGGAUGGCCUUCAACGUGGAACGGGCCUGUCAGUCCUAUUUUGGUUGUGUGCAGUGUAUAAGCGGGCCCUUGGGCAUGUACCGCAAUAGCCUGCUCCAGCAAUUCCUAGAGGACUGGUACCAUCAGAAGUUCCUAGGCAGCAAGUGCAGUUUUGGGGAUGACCGGCAUCUCACCAACCGUGUUCUGAGCCUUGGCUACCAGACUAAGUAUACAGCACGCUCCAAGUGCCUCACAGAGACCCCCACCAAGUACCUCCGGUGGCUGAACCAGCAGACCCGCUGGAGCAAAUCUUACUUCAGGGAAUGGCUCUACAAUUCUCUGUGGUUUCAUAAGCACCACCUCUGGAUGACCUAUGAAUCAGUGGUCACAGGUUUUUUUCCAUUCUUCCUCAUUGCCACAGUCAUACAGCUUUUCUACCGUGGCCGCAUUUGGAACAUUCUACUCUUUCUUUUGACAGUACAGCUGGUGGGCAUCAUCAAGGCUACCUAUGCCUGCUUCCUCCGUGGCAAUGCAGAGAUGAUCUUCAUGUCCCUCUACUCCCUUCUCUAUAUGUCCAGCCUCCUCCCAGCCAAGAUAUUUGCCAUUGCUACCAUCAACAAGUCUGGCUGGGGCACCUCUGGCCGGAAAACCAUUGUGGUAAACUUUAUUGGCCUCAUCCCUGUAUCCAUCUGGGUAGCAGUCCUUCUGGGGGGAUUAGCUUACACAGCUUAUUGUCAGGAUCUGUUCAGUGAGACAGAGUUAGCUUUUCUUGUCUCUGGGGCUAUCCUGUAUGGUUGCUACUGGGUGGCCCUCCUCAUGUUAUACUUGGCCAUCAUUGCCCGACGAUGUGGGAAGAAGCCAGAACAGUAUAGCUUAGCUUUUGCUGAGGUAUGACAUAGUACCCAAACAGAGUGGGAAAAGUGCAAUGGGUAAGGGAGGGAAGGGAAUGGAAUGGAAUGGAAAAGACAGGGUGGGAGGGAGGAUGGGAGUGUUGUUUUAGUUUCUUAAUGGUCCAGAGGACAAAUAUGAAGUGCAAAGAAUGGUGACUGUAAUGUGGUCUGGGGCAGUUCUGCAUGGAGGAAGUACUAUCAGUUCCAGCUCAGGUUUGCCAGGGUGGUGACUUACAUGUUACAGGCUGCUUUUCUGCCUGCCGUCUACACUCACAGUGGUAUCUAGGAAAAAUUCUACUUCCUCCUAGGAUCCAGAGAGAACCUCAGAGUUGGCAGGAGAAUUUAAGAGCUCUGCACCAGCUAGCAAUAGUUCUCUCAACAUAGUAAUCAAUGCAAUUCAUAUUGUGUCUGAGAUCUAAGGCUCAAAAGCCUUGUCUUUGGGCAUCAUGAAACAGGGUCCAGGAAUGGUGCUUUAUUAUGUGAUGCAUCCCACUCCACAUCUCAUCACCCAGGCAGGGAAUCAGCACUGAAUUGCUUCCAAGUGUACAUAUGUAUGUUCAAAAAAAAAAAAAUGAAGGCAGGAGGAACAAAAGUUAACGGUGCUAAAAGUCAUAGGCU